AUGAACCCAUCAUCAUCGCCACCUAUGGCACCUCUAUUUAAUAAUUAUCAUCAACGGACUACGAAUUUACGUUCGAAAAUUCUACAAAAUGAACAACAACGAGUUCAACUUGAAGAAAAACUACGAUUCAUGUCAAUGAAUAAUUCAGUUCCAUACAAGAGAAAACAAAUUCAACAUAUUCAGACUUAUUUUGCACGUCUUAAUCACGAAUCUCAACGGGCCGAACAACGUAAUUUACAACUACUUAAUGAUCUGACACAAGCUCAACAGCAUUUAGAAAAACUACAUUCUGAUGCGGAAAAUUUAAUACAUUUAAAAAAUGAUUAUGUCAAUUAUUUAGAAGCAAAUUAUCCAAAUUGGCAAAAGCCAACAUCAAAUCAUACAAGUACAAAUAUUAAUAGUAGUAACGAAUACGAUCGUUUAGCUCAGCAUGUCAAACAACAAGAUCACUUAGAAAGUUAUGGAAACCUUCGGCAAAGUGUGCCAAUAAAUCGUCAAUCAUAUGAUGUUGAUUCUUCGAUGUUAUUUAAACGUUAUGAAGAUCAACUUAAGGUUGGUUUCGAACGAACAAUUUCUCCGUCAACACCUGUCAUAAAUAAUGAAAUUAAAGAUCAACAACAAGAUGAACAAUCAAUUUCUGAAUCCAAUGAAAUAAUAAGUUCAUUUUCGCGUGCUCGACGAAACGGUUCCCUUCGAAUGGAAUUAAAUCGUACGGGUCUUUACUUUCUACUUGAUUAUAUUGAAAAAGAAUUAAAGGAUACAAUCGAUAAAAAGAAAUUCUAUCGUCUUGAUCCGCCAACAAUAGCACAAAAACGAACCAUACUCGACAUAGCUAAUGAUCAACAAACAUUUUCCUUAAAAGAUGUCGAUCCAACAACAACAUCGAUGGUUAUACUCGAUCAAUUGCCAUCAACAGUACGACGUACAACAAUAAAUAAUUGUCUAUUUACAGAAGAUAUUCUUUCAUCGAAUGUAAAAGAUUUAAAUAAAGAUAUUAUUACGCAAAUGUUACCUGAACAAGAUCGUACAUUAUGGUUAAGAUUAGUUGAUCAUUUUGCCCAAUUAUUAAAAUUACAUAUAAUGAAUUCUCGAACAUUAACAAAUAAAUUUGCUGUCGCAUUAUUACCGGCAAAUGUUUUCUAUGCUCAUGACAAAGCUAAAAGUAUUUUGAAGCAUGUCAUUGAAAAAUAUGCCGGAACACAAUCAUCAAAUUCUGAUGAUGAGUCAUCGUCAGAUACAAGACAAUCUGCACAGAAGAUUGUUCAAACAACGAAUGUGCAGCCGCCACCAUCAUCAUCAUCUUCAUGGUUAAAGAAAGCAACGACAGGUUCGAUUUUGUACGACGAUGACGAUGAAAAAUCAACAUCGUCAUCAUCAAUAACAAAAAAGAAUAAUAAUUCACCUAUUGCAACAUCAAUAAGCUCAAAAGCAAAUAUGAAAUAUGAUGAUGAUGAUGAUGAUGAUAAAGAUUUCUUCAGUUAA